AUGUCUUCCCCGCGGCCCGGAGCCGCCACUGUCCCGGCUGUGCGCCCCCGCGCCGCGCUACUUGCGCUCCUAGCUGUGCUCCCGGCCGCCCUGGCUGAGACCCCACAUCUGGUGCGGGUGGACGUGACCCGUGUGCUGCGGCCCCUGCGGCCCUUCUGGAGGAGCACGGGGUUCUGCCCUCCACUGCCACAUGACCAGGCCGACCAUUUCCUCAGCUGGGACCAACAGCUCAACCUCGCCUAUGUAGGUGCUGUCCCUCACCAUGGCAUUGAGCAGGUCUGGACCCACUGGCUGCUGGACCUCGUCACAGCCAGGGUGUCGGAUGGGCCAGGCUUGAGCUACAACGUUACCCACCUGGACAGUUACCUGGACAUUCUGAGGGAAAACCAGCUCCACCCAGGGUUCGAGCUGAUGGGCAGCCCCUCAGGACUCUUCACUGACUUUGAGGACAAGCAGCAGGUGUUUGCAUGGAAGGACCUGGUUUCUCUUCUGGCCAGGAGAUACAUCGGGCGGUAUGGACUCGUUCAUGUUUCUAACUGGAACUUCGAGACAUGGAAUGAGCCAGACCACCACGACUUCGACAAUGUCUCCAUGACCACCCAAGGCUUCCUGAACUACUAUGAUGCCUGCUCUGAGGGCCUGCGGGCCGCCAGCACUGCGCUGCGGCUAGGGGGCCCCGGGGACUCUUUCCAUGCCCCUCCUCGAUCUCUGCUGUGCUGGAGCCUUCUGGGGCACUGCCAUGGUGGCACCAACUUCUUCACUGGGGAGGUGGGUGUGUGGCUGGACUAAAUCUCCCUCCACAAGAAGGGUGCAGGCAGCUCCAUAUACAUUCUGGAGCAGGAGAAGGCUGCAGUGCAGCUGAUACAGCAGCUCUUCCCCAUGUUCUCGGACACCCCCAUUUACAACAAUGAGGCGGACCCACUAGUGGGUUGGUCACAGCCGCAGCCGUGGAGGGCCGAUGUGACCUACGCAGCCAUGGUUGUGAAGGUCAUCACACAGCACCAGAACCUGCUGGUGGCCAAUAGCAGCUUCUCUAUUAGAUACAUGCUCUUAAGCAACGACAAUGCCUUCUUGAGCUACCACCCGCACCCCUUCUCGCAGCGCACGCUCACAGCGCGCUUCCAGGUCAACAACACCGUUCCACCCCCCCACGUGCAGCUGGUGCGAAAGCCGGUGCUUACCGCUUGGUGACAGCUCCCCUCUGCAGAUGGGGAGCAGCUCUGGGCCGAGGUGUCUCAGGGAGGGGCUGUCCUGGACAGCAACCACACGGUGGGCGUCCUGGCCAGUGUCCACAGCCAGGUGGGCCCUGCCGAUGCCUGGCGUGCCACGGUGCUGGUCUAUGCAAGUGAUGACACCCGCGCCCACAUCAACCACACCAUUUCGGUGACCCUGAGGCUGCACGGGGUGCCCCCUGGCCCGGGACUGGUAUAUGUCACCCACUACCUGGACAACCAGUUCUGCAGCCCCCAUAGUGAGUGGCAGCACGAGGGCCAGCCAGACUUCCCCUCUGCAGAGCAGUUCUGGCGCAUGCGUGCAGUUGAGGACCCAGUGCGCAUAGUACCACGCCCCUUACCCAUUGGAGGCCACCUGACCCUGCCUGCCAAGCUCCCAUUGCCCUCACUCUUACUGGUGCAUGUGUGUGCACAGCCAGAGAAACCACCUGGCCAGGUCUCGUGGCUUUGUGCUCUGCCUCUGACCCAGGGGCAGCUGGUUUUGGUCUAGUCUGAUGAGCACGUGGGCUCCAAGUGCCUGUGGACAUAUGAGAUCCAGUUCUCUCAGGAUGGUGAAGCAUAUACUCCAGUGAGAAGGAAGCCAUCGACCUUUAACCUCUUUGUGUUCAGCCCAGACUCGGUUGCUGUCUCAGGCUCCUACCGAGUGCGAGCACUGGACUACUGGGCCCGGCCAGGCCCGUUCUCUGACCCUGUGCCAUACCUGGAAGUCCCUGCCCCAAGAGGGCCAACAGCACCUGAUGACCCAUGAGCCUAUGCUGACCAGUGACCUGGGGCAGCCAAGAUGGUGGAACCUUUACUGACUGGCCAGUGUGCCUGUGACCA